AUGCCCGUCGAAGUCAGCCUCAACACGCCCCUGGCCGAGGCUCUCAAUGCCGCCAUCCAGCCCAAACUCGUUGAGGUUGGAUGGGGAACUGGCGGGGCCGAUGACUCCGCCCUAGCAGAGUAUAUUAUACUUAUGCUUGUGAACGGAAAGUCUCAGGACGAAAUCGCCGCCGAACUCUCGGGAGAUCUACUUGGCCUUGGCUCCGACGAUCCCAGCACUCGCAACUUCUCUCAGUGGCUCUUUGAACAGAUCGAUGCUCUGAAUGCUCAGUUCAACGGCGGCGGCAAUGCAGCGCCUGGCACAGGUCAAGACGCGACAACGGAAGGCGAUGUGGAUACAGACAUGAAUGCCGGUGAUGUGUCAGAAUUGAAUGCACCUACCGGCCCACGCUCAAUGCGAAACGGUAACCAGCGCGGGGGACGUGAUAAGCGCAUGUUCGGACAGAUGAACAAAGCCAUGGACCGAGCUGGCGAUUCUGCACUUCACCGUGUUAGAGGCCAAACAGGAAGCGAACGUAUCAACACUCAUGGCCGUACACCGCCAAAUGGGCCCAGAACAGGCCGAGGUGGAAUUGGACGACACAACAACCGCACCGCUAACCUCCAGGCUGGUCUCGCUAACAUGGCUGCUGGUGGUCCUCAGGCGCAGUGGAUGAUGCAAGGUGGCCAACCUAACUCAGCCGAGUUCGCCGCUAUUCUGGAACAACAGAGCCAGAUGAUGCUUCAAAUGCAACAGAUCAUGAGUGGUGGAGGAUUCCAGGGUCCAUAUGGACAGCAACGCCGUGGAGGAAAGUCUCUAUUCGACCGUACGCAACAUCCCGGCAGAGGUAACUACCGCAAGGGUUUCAACGACCGACAGGGCGGCAAUAACGCUGGAUUUGAGGGCGAGGGCGAGGAUGUCGAUAUGUCCGGCGAGAAACGUGAGCAGCUGAACCCGGACGAGACGGUUUGCAAGUACAACUUGAGGUGUACCAAUAAGGACUGCAAAUUUGCUCAUCAGUCACCCGCCGCCCCCCAGGGAACAUCAGUCGAUGUAAACGAUAACUGCAGUUUCGGAGCUGCGUGCAAGAACCGAAAAUGCGUCGCGCGGCAUCCUUCGCCAGCGGCCCGUCUGGCCCACCAGAGCGAACUAGACUGCAAGUUCUUCCCCAACUGCCAAAAUCCGCAGUGCCCUUUCAAGCAUCCAUCAAUGCCUCUCUGUCGAAACGGCGCUGGCUGCACAAAUGCCGACUGCAAAUUCACUCACGUCAAGACCAAGUGCAGAUUCAACCCUUGCCUCAACCCGAACUGCGCUUUUGCGCACGAGGAAGGCCAGCAAGGUGGCUUUAAAGACAAGGUCUGGACCGCUGGCGAAGGCACAGCGCACCCAAGUGAGAGAAAGUUUGUGGACGACCAAGCUCCCGAAGAGCUCGUCAAGGGGGAGGAGACAGAGGUUAAGCAGGAGACUGAUGUCAUCGGUUGA